GUCUCAUGUCGAACACUAUGUUCGAACAAGAUCGCAUCUCAUGAUCAGGGCAAACUUCAGAAGGUUAUUGCCCGAUUUGGUUUGCAAGGUAUUAGUCUAUCGUUAGCCCAGAAAAACCAUAAACUCCCUUCCAAUCUAAGCACAUACGUAAGGAACAAAGCCCACAUUUUUUCUUCAGUCAUGUGUUUGUUUGGUGCAAAGACCAUGAGUUCCAGAUUCCUCCUUGAUGCCGGAAGGAGAUUUUUCCACGGAAACAGAUUCCAACCUCAACUAUACAGUAAGGAAACUGGACUCGUAAUUCACCAAACGCAGCGCGCAGUUGCUAGACUUCAAAGGGGUCUCGUAAUCCGCCAAACGCAGCGCGCACUUGUUAGAUUUAAAAGGGAUCCUUGGGGAAUCAUGCUACGCAACCCCAAACUUGUCGUGAUUGGCUCAUGCGUGUUGAUCGCCCUCCUCUUCGGUAGGAUGGAGAGGAUUCCGAUCUCUGGGCGGUUUCAUAUAGUUCUGUCAUGCAAAACGGUGGAGAGAAAGUUGGGAGAAUGGACGUUUAAGGGGCAGGAAGAGGAACACCGACGGAAAAUCCUCCCGCCAAACAGCCCUCAAAGCAUUCGAGUGCAGCGGAUUCUGAGGGAGAUUGUUCAAGGAAUGCAGAGCGGGUUGAGACUGGAGAAAGACAGCAGCGUCAGAGUGCAUGAACUCAAGAACCCCGCGGAAUUGACGCCUGGGGGUACAAGUAGAAAAGAGGAGCCUUUGGAAGCGGAAUCGUAUAGUACUGGAAAUGAGUUGGUCUGUCAUAAGCCUAAGGAGGCAGGGAUUCAGAAGAGGGCGAGGAGAUUCGGUUGGAGAUUCGCUACUAGGCAUUUGGAUGGUUUGAACUGGGAAGUGAUGGUGGUGGAUGAUCCUUAUAAUCCCAAUGCUUGUUACAUACCAAAUGGUAAGAUCGUAUUCUUCACUGGGUUGUUUAGGAAACUUAAAUCUGAUGCAGAGGUUGCAGCUGUUCUUGGGCAUGAGGUUGGGCACGGAAUAGCUCGGCAUAUCGCAGAAGGUUAUUUCAGGUUUUUGUGGGUUAUCAUUUUGCUGAUCCUCUGUCCACCGGAUCCUAAAUCUAAGCCUGAAUACCACCCAAUCAACAUGUUCUUAGCCUUCAUCUCCAGGAGGAGAGAAAUGGAAGCAGACUACAUAGGAAUGAUGUUAAUGGCAUCAGCAGGGUAUGACCCUCGACUGGCACCAGGAGUUGAGCUGAAGAUCGAUGAUGGAGGCCGUCACAAUGCACUCUCAACCCAUCCAUGCGGACGUAAGAGAGCAGAGAAGCUGCAAAAGGCUAAAGUGAUGGAUCGAGCAAUGGCCAUAUACAGGGAAGUAACAAGUGGCCUGGGGGUCCCAAGUUUAAUUUAAAACCCCUUAUUUUCCCUAAUUUAUCAUCAUCUAGAAUUGC